AUGCCUUUUUAUGAUAAUUUAUUUUUUAGAACAAAAGAUAAGCUGAAAAUAAAAUUUAAUAUAAGGAAAAGAAAUGAAUUGCAUCAUUUUCAGAAGCAUUAUUUUUCAAAUGAUUCAAAAUAUUUUAAAGUAGGAAUUAUUGGUUCAGGUCCUUCAGCUUUAUAUUGUUGUAAACACUUUUUAAAAAAUGAAAAUAUAAAAGUUGAUAUUUUUGAUAAGUUACCAAAUCCUUAUGGAUUAAUAAGAUAUGGUGUAGCACCUGAUCAUAUAAGUGUAAAGAAUAUAUAUAAAACAUUUAACCCUGUUUUAUCAAAUAAAGAAAGAUAUCGUUUUUUUGGUAAUGUAAAUAUUGGAAUUGAUAUCCAAAUGGAAGAUUUAAGAAAUUAUUAUAAUGCUGUGAUUUUUUGUUGUGGAGCUUCUGAUAGUUCAAUUCCUAAAGAAGAAUAUAAAAAAGAGAAUGGAAUAUUUCAUGCAAAAGAUUUAAUUUAUUUUUAUAAUAAUUUUUAUGAUGAUUUAAGAUGUAAUAAUAUAGAUACAUAUUUGAAUACAUAUGAAAAUUUUUCUAAUUCUAUUAUUAUAGGCAAUGGUAAUGUAUCUUUAGAUAUAGCACGUAUUUUGAUAAAAUCAUAUGAUGAUUUAAUAAAAACAGAUAUCAAUCUUAAUUAUCUAAAUGUAAUAAAACGACAUAAUUUCAAACAUAUAUAUAUAAUUGGUAGAAGAGGUUUUUGGCAAUCUUCUUUUACUAAUAGUGAAUUAAGAGAAUUAUUUUCAUUAAGAGAUACCAAAGUUAUAUUAGAUAAAAAAAAUUAUGAUUUAUGCUUUGAAAUAAAAAAUUAUGAUGAAACAAAUAAAAUGAAACAAAGACAAAAUAAAUUAUUUUUAGAUAUGGUUGAUAAUUAUGAAGAAAUGAAAAAAAAUCCAACUUUAUAUGAUCAAUAUAAAAUAAUACAAUUUAUUUUUUAUCAUGAAAUUAAAAAUAUACACAAUAUUAAUAAUCAUAUGAAAGAAAUACAAUUAGGAUUAAAUAAAGAUAUAUAUUCAUCUCAAAAUAAUCACAAGAAUAAUAAAAAUGGUUAUGAUAUAAAUAAUGAAAUAAUAAAUAUUAAAACACCAUUACUCAUUUUUGCAACCGGAUUUAAAAAAGAUAAUUUCAAUCUAAAUUUUUAUAACAAAUCUAUUGAUAAAUAUAAAGAUGAUAUAUUGAACAAACAAUUUGCAAUUUUUAAAGCAGGAUGGUUUCAAACAGGUGCUAAAGGAAAUAUAGCUAGCCAUAUUAUUAAUACUAAACAAAAUGUUAUUGAAAUAUUAAAUUUUUUAAAUACUACAACAACAUAUUAUGAUAAUGACAUAACUGAAUUAUUAAAAAGAAAAAAAGUACACUUUGUUAGUAUGGAUCAGUGGAAUUAUAUUCAAAGUCUAGAACAAAAUAAUGGUGAAAAAAAAGGUCGAUGUGCACAAAAAUUUGCAACAGUAAAAGAUAUAUUACAAAUAUUGAGCCACAAAAGAAAUUAA